ACUAACAAAGGCUCAUUUUCCAGGUUAUAGUGCAAUUAAAAGUGUCAAAGAUCAAGAAAUAUGAAAAUGCUUCUGCAGAUGUUUUCAGGAUAUUACAUUUCAACAUCAUAUCUACUGUAUAUGUGUUCCCUGCGCUGUACAGUGUUGAGCUACAUAUUAAUGAUGGGCCUGCCCCAAGAUGUGUAACAUAGCACCCGGUCACAACAGAGUACUGUAAACAAAGUUGGCUGGUCAUCAAAGUGAUUUUCAGGGGAAUUUCCUGUUAACAGUGUGACGAGUUUACUAGGUCUAGCUCUACGUGUUUGGAGUCCAGCUGGAAUAUUUGAACAAAUUGCAUCAUUGCGUAGAAGAAAGUCUAUUCAGGUCUAGACCUGAAGAGCAGCUCAUUGUACCAUGCACCGUGCUACUGAAAGCUCAGCGUGGAAGAGCACAAUGCGAUAGGAAGGAAGACCAAAGAAUACGAGUGAGGCCAAGUGUAUAACAGGGGGCAUGGGCCUUUCCGCAAAAGGGAGGGAGUUAAAAGAAAAAAACAAAGAUCGAGGAAGGAAUAAAAGGAAGUUCCACUUGGUCCCUAUGAGGACAAAGAAAUACGUAUUUGUAGUUUGAACCGUAGCCUGUACUUCUGAAGAGAAGAGGAGGUCGUGCAGGGAGAUCAGAUCAGAAAGUUCAAAAGGAGAAGUGAGACGCUUGUCUGCCCGUGGGAGGGACGCGCAGUGACGUAAGAUCCGCACUUACCCCAAAAUCAAAGGCAGAAACAUUUUGAAAUUUCAUUAGAGAGGGGGUGAAGAGGGCAUGUUCAUUUUCUAAACAACUCUUAUACAGUACAGUGGCUGACAAGUAAGCAAGGGAAUUUUUUGUGACGAUACGCAGAGACUGAGUUAGAAGGAGCUGUAAAACUCCCUGCUUUUCACUGGCUCCGCCGUCUUCUACUAUUCUACCAUUGCUCAGCUGACAACAUGGGCUGUGACAAAUGCCCUAAAGGUGAAUACAUGGUCACUGACUGUAGUACGCUCAAGAACAGCACAAACUGUGCCCGCUGUCCCAAGAAUCACUACACUGAGGGAGACAACAACCUUCUUAAAUGCAUAGUGUGCAAAGACUGCUCCUCCGCUGAGCACCUGAGGGAGAAGACGAGUUGUCUGCCGGACAGAGACGUCCAGUGUGAGUGCGAGGAAGGCUUCUACUGCACAGACCCGAAAGCUGUGAGCUGCACGCAUUGCGAAGUCCGUACCAAAUGCAGGCCUGGGCAGGGUGCUGUGAAAUUUGGAGCUUCAGAAGACACCAGCUGUGAACCUUGUCCUCAAGGAACCUUCAGUAACGUCACUGGCUAUUCACCUUGUCGUCCACACACCAAUUGUGAGGGCCAGGAAGUUAAGCAGAAAGGCACUGACAUAACAGAUGCUGUGUGUGACAAACCGCUGUGUUCUACUCCUCAUGGUUAUUGGUUAUUACCCGCGGGCUUAUGGGUGGGACUAAUCGUCUCUGCCCUCAUCAUCGCAGCCUACUUUUACUGGAAGGCCAAGCGCCGAUCACGACACACAGUGAGUUUCCCAGAUGACUGUGUUGUAAGUGUUUCGCCUGCCCUGGCCCCUGACAUACUGCUACCGCCGCAAGAACUCUACAAAAAUGAUUGCAUCGAGAUUAUGCCACUCACCUGUCCAGUUGAGACCAGCUCCAUCUCAUCAUGUGAGUGCGUCCCAUCACCAACUCUGACAUCACAAACCUCACCAAUGAGACUGAUCCAUCUGCCAUCGGCCACCUGGGGACCUAGUGGGGACAGCAAUGGAUCUUCCGUCUGUCAAUCAGAGCCACAGGAGGAUGAGUGGCAUGGGACCUAAAGCCUGGCACGCAGCCCCCCCCCCCCCCUCUCACACAAAUGGGACAAGCUGUGGAGCAUUUGGCCACUAAUAUGUGUGUGUUUGUGUUCUUAACACGGGCAUUCAAGUGGGCCAAAUAUCUUUUUCUCCUCAGGUAACUUAAGGAUGAAGGAGGGGAUGUGUUUGGGUUCAUACCUGCACUAAGACUGUCCGGUCGACAACUUCGGCUAAACGAGCGUGUCUACAACACACAACCACAAAAGAGUAAUAACAGAAGCUGAGUGUUAAAAAGGGGAAAGGCUAUCGGACACGGCACAGAGAAGCACAAUGAACUGUUGAGUCGAAAUGUCCUUGUAUUUAUAUCGGCGAGCGCAAAUGUCCUUGUUUGUUUGACACUGUAUAGUCUUUGUGUAUUUUGUUAUGUCGUUUAGAAUAAACUCCUCUUUUUCAAGUA